UAUGAGCUCUAUAGUUCUUUGCCCUGGCCAGAUCUCUUUGUUGCCUGAGCAACCUGAAAUCAGCACGGUCCUCUUCACAGAGAUCUUCGUUAAUAUACACACUGCUACCUUUAAGAUUUCGGCGGUUUUCAAUUUUUUUUCGAUUUGGCCAGAAAAGAUAUAAAUUCUAUCUUUACUAUCGACUUAUUCUUACUCAGCCUGUAUAUAUUGUUGAUCUCUAUAUGUGUCAGAUUAAUACCAAGAAUAGAAUUCAGCUGACCGAGAACCGAGCCCAGCAGAUCCGAAUCAUCCAACUUCAACCCGGUAAUUAUGACAUUGUUCUUCAAAGCAUUUCGUUUAAUAUUCAAAAUCUCACUCUCUAUUGAAGAGAAGGGAGCUAUAGUAGCUCGAAUAGAAAAUGGAGAGAGUAAUACCCAGUUGGCUUUGGAAUUUGGCGUUGCACAUUCAACAAUUUCAACGAUGUGGUAAAAUAAAAAAAAAAUUAAAGAAGCAUUUAAUCAGUGCACUUUGAAAUCAAAAAAGCUCCGCCGGAUACCUCAUGAAAACUUGGACAAGUGCCUAUUGGAGUGGUUUAAAAAUCAAUGCGCCAAAAAUGUUCCCAUAACUGGCCCGAUUUUAAGGCAAAAAGCGAACGAGAUUGGUAUCCUUUUAAAAAAAGAAAACUUCCACUGUUCGGAGGGAUGGAUUAAUAGAUUCCGAGUUCGCCAUAACAUUAUCUUUGGAAAAAUAUCAGGAGAAGAGGCAAGCGUGUGUAAAGCUGUUCCAGAAUCAUGGUUGAAGAAUGUUUUUCAACAAAUCAGAAAGGGAUAUUCGGACGAUGAUAUCUUCAAUGCAGACGAGACUGGGCUUUUCUAUAAAAUGACUUAUGAUGAAACAAUGAGGUUCAAAGGAGAAAAAUGCUCUGGAGGAAAAAUGAGUAAGGACCGAAUUACUGUUAUGGUUGCGGCAAACAUGAGUGGAAGUGAAAAGCGAAAAUUGCUUGUUAUUGGAAAAUUGAAAAAUCCUAGGUGUUUUAAGAAUGUGAAAAACUUGCCUGUUGUUUAUGAACAUAACAAAAAAUCAUGGAUGACCAGCGAUUUAUUCAUAAAAUUUCUUCAUGACUGGGACAAUGAACUGAAAAAAUCUUCAAGAAAAAUUUUGUUAGUUGUGGAUAAUUGUCCUGCGCAUCCAAAGGUUGAAGAUUUGGAAUCAAUUAAGUUGUGUUUCUUGCCUCCAAAUUGCACUGCAGUUUUACAACCGAUGGAUCAAGGUGUAAUCAAUUCACUAAAAACUCACUACCGUAAAAUGCAACUGUUGGAAACUAUAAAAAAUAUAGAACUGGAAAAAGAAACUGCUAUAACACUAUUAGACGCAGUUUUAAUGGUGUUGGCUGCGUGGGAAAAGGUAACACCUAAAACCAUUCAAGGAUGUUUUCGUCAUGCAGGCUUUAUAUCAACAAAUGAAAUGGCAGAUCAAAAUGAUUCUGAUGAAGAAGAUAACAUUCCCUUGGCCCAACUUAGGCAACGUUGUAUUAAUACAGUAUUAUCAGAUUAUGAACUUUUGGAGCUUAUAGAUGUUGACAUAGAAUUAGAAACCUGCGAAGACUUAAAUGAAGCGGAUAUUGUCAAGAAUAUUGAGAACGAUGGCGAGCCAGUAGAUGAAAACGACGAUGAAGGUGAUAAUUUUUUGUGUUCAGUGCCAUCAUGUGCCGAGGCCCUACAAGCAGUAUCAAUUUUGAAAAAAUUCGUUACUUAUAAAUGA